AUGUCGUUCUGCGUGUCUGUCGGCGCACACAUUCGCUCCACGUCUUCUCGACACCGCUUCCUGCGCCUGGACCGGGCACUUUGUCCUCUCCUCCUCUCCUCUCCUUCACUUCUCUACUUCUCCAGGCACCCACGCCUGUCCGGGGACUCGACUGUCCGGCUGUUGGUACCACGACGAUCGGUUGACCGGUCGCUAUGGCUGAUCGACAAGUCGUGUCGUCUUGUGGACAUGCAUCACUUGAGUCGCAUGUCGAGUCGAGCCCCUCGGUUCGGACACGGUUUCGAGGGGGCUUGCGCCUCACUUACCACAUCAUGUGUGUGUAUGUGUGUGUGUGUGUGUGUGUGA